AUGCAUUCACCGUCACCGCCGACACCAUCACCAGCGACCCCCGCGCCUUCCACCACCCCCGCCCCGGCGCCCGCGUCUACCCUCCCGCGGAACGGUGUGCCACCGCAGACGAUCGUGAUUAAACUCGGCACAUCCUCAAUAGUACACGAAACAACCCACCAACCCCUCCUCUCCAAACUAUCCGCCAUCGUCGAAGUCGUCGUCGAUCUGAAAAGGCACGGGCAUCGCGUUGUGCUGGUUAGCUCGGGUGCGAUUGGGGUGGGGAUGAGGAGGAUGAGGAUGGAGAGGAGGCCGGGGAGUCUUGUUGGGAAACAGGCACUAGCAGCCAUCGGCCAAGGCAGACUUAUAGCGCUGUGGGAUAACCUGUUCAGCCAGCUCGAACAGCCUAUUGCGCAGAUUCUUUUGACGAGGGGGGAUAUUUCUGAUGAAAUCAAAUUCGGAGACAACGACACACUCUCCGCUAUAACCUCCUCCAUGAUCCACGCGGACUACCUCUUCCUAUUGACGGACGUGGACGGGCUGUAUACGGCGAACCCGAGGAAGGAGCCCGGUGCGAGGAUGAUUGAGGUCGUUGAGAGUGUUGCUGGGAUUAGGCGGGAAGUCAGUACGAAUACGCUAGGAUCAAGUCUCGGUACGGGUGGUAUGGAGACCAAGCUAAUCGCAGCGGAAAUAGCAACUGCAGCGGGAGUAACAACAGUAAUCACAACAAGCCAAUCCCCACAAAACGUAUUCAAAAUCAUAGACCGCGUCCUCCCGCGUCCGCCGCAUACGCUGUUCCUCGCUUCGCCUACGCCGCUGCGCGAUUUGAAAGCGUGGACGCGAAAUACGCUGAAUCCGUCGGGGAGCGUGGUGGUUGAUGGGGGUGCGUAUGAGGUGUUGGCGAAGAGGGAGAGUGGGGGGCGGUUGUUGGCUGUUGGGGUGCUGGGUGUGGUUGGGGUGUUUGCGGCGGGGCAGGCUGUUAGGGUUGUUGUUUUGGCGGGGGGGAGGGAGGAAGAGGAGGAGUUGAGUUCGAGGUUUGAGGAGGGGGAGGGAGAGGAGAAGCAGAGGGAGAAGGAAAUCAGCGAGAGUGAUGUAAUUGAAGUUGGCCGUGGACUCGCGAAUUACAAUUCUGCGCAGAUUAUGGCUGUUAAAGGGUUGAAUAGGUUAGUCUCUGUCAUUGCGCAUUGUGUUAUGGGAUGGAUUGCUGAUGUGUUUUUUUUGGAUAGUGCGCUUCUGCCUCGCGUUUUGGGAUAUGCGGAUUCGGAGUAUGUCGUUGAGAAUAUUACGAUUCGGUCGGGGGCCCCCGUUACCUCUGCAGCCAAUAGCAGCCCCGCCGUAUUGGCUCGCGGGAGGGGAAUGCAGUCACUGUGGCUGAUUCUUGCAGGGAAUAGCCACCCCGAGCUCGCCCAAGCUGUGGCCGAGCGGCUCAACGUGCCCCUGGUCCCCGUCACCGUCAAAAAAUUCUCCAACGGCGAAAUCAACGUCAAAAUCUCCGAGUCCGUGCGCGACGAAGACGUCUUCAUCAUCCAGUCCGGAUGCGACGACGUCAACGACAACUUCAUGGAACUCCUCAUUCUGAUCUCAGCGUGCAAGACGGCGUCGGCGAGGCGGAUUACGGCUGUUAUCCCUUGUUUCCCGUAUGCAAGGAUGGAUAAGAAGGAUAAGAGUCGGGCGCCGAUUACGGCGAAGCUUGUGGCGAAUAUGCUGGUUGUGGCGGGGUGUGAUCAUGUUAUUACAAUGGAUCUGCAUGCGAGUCAGAUUCAGGGGUUUUUUGAUAUUCCGGUGGAUAAUUUGUGGUCGGAGCCGUUGAUGGUUGGGUAUAUCAAGAGGGAGAUUGCGGGGUGGAGGGAUGGGAUUAUUGUCAGUCCUGAUGCGGGCGGUGCGAAACGUGCGACUGCAAUGGCUGACAAACUCGGCGUCGAAUUCGCCAUCAUCCACCGAAAGCGAAACGGGAAAUCGCUCUCUGCGCCGGAGCAUAUGGAGAUUCUCGUUGGUGAUGUGCAGGAUAAGGUAGCGAUUCUGGUGGACGAUAUGAUCGAUACGGGCAACACGCUCACGAUGGCUGUCAAAACGCUCCAUGAAAAGGGCGCAAAGUCGAUAUAUGCGUUGAUUUCGCAUGACGAAUAUGAGUAUGAUUGA